CCAGGCAGAUCUACCUGGGGGCGGGAAGCACCCGCCAUGAAUCCGCCAGCUUCUCUGGGGGUCCUGGAGGAGAAGAAGGAGGAGGAACAUUUAUCCACCCCGAUUCUCGGGCCCUCCAUACAUUCUGAUAACCCUCAGGAGCGGAUCCAGGCCCGGCGCCUCCGCAUCGCGGCGCGCCUGGAAGCUCGGAGGCGAUCCAGAAAGAAGAGCCAGAAUAAGCAGAGGGGGAGGACAUGAUCACUGAAAGAAUUCGAGAACAUUCCUCAGAACUGAAGACCAUGAGUUCCCUGACAGAGAGACACCGCCUGGCUGAAGAUGGUCAGCACCAUGGCCAACAGUAGACCCCACUCCUGCCCCCAGACCCGCCGCCCAGAACAUUCAGAACGCAGAGGACGGAGAGAAGGGUCCCAUGAGCUUCCAGAGUUAAAACAACUACGACCACCUCAAGGACAGCUGUCAUGCAUAAAGAAAGGAUUAAGAAACAGGACGACACCUAGUUAUUGCAAAAACCCUGGGCACCAGAGAACAAGGAGCAGCGCCCUCAAAAUCCUAAAGGAAAAUGAUUUCCAACCUAAAGCUCUCAACCCGGCCGAUCAACCAGGAAGCCCUGGGGGAAUAUUUAGAUGGGAAGAAGGAGGCCGAGGAAGAUCAAAGCAAGAGCUACAAACAGAAAGAAGAAAGCAGACUGAAAUUGGCUAAACUGCUGCUCUGCGGCACUGAGUUGGUGACAAACAUCCAGGUAGCUGCAGAUAUCAGAGAGAUCCACAGGAGAGUCGAGGAAGAGGAGAUAAAGCGCCAGAGACUGGAAAAGCUGGAGAAUGAGGUCAAGACCAGCCAGGACAAAUUUGAUGAGAUUACUGUCAAGUGGGAAGAGGGCAAACAGAAGAGAAUCCCCCAGGAACUGUGGGAAAUACUCAACACCCAGCAGGUGCACUGCGCUGGGCUGAUAGAGGAUAAGAACAAGCUGAUCAGCGAGUUACAGCAGGAAUUAAAGAUGAAAGAUGAUCAGUACGUGAAGGAUUUGAAGAAACAGGCAGAUGACAUCUGCCUGCUCCUGGAGAGGAUGGAGGAGCAGGUGAAGAAUGUAAUGAAAACCUUUCGCCAGGAGCUUCAUCACAUUGAGAAAGCGUUUGAGGUGGAGCGACACGAGCUGCUGACGAGCAAUAAGAAGAAAUGGGAGCGGGCCCUGCAGGCGCACAACGCCAAGGAGCUGGAGUAUCUCAUGAGCCGCAUCAAGAAAGUGGAGGACUACGAGCAGCAGCUCAACAGGCAGAGGAUCUGGGACUGCGAAGAGUACAACGUGAUCAAGAUCAAGCUGGAGCAGGACGUGCAGAUUCUUGAGCAACAGCUUCAGCAAAUGAAGGCCACUUAUCAGCUAAACCAAGAGAAGUUAGAGUACAACUUCCAGGUGCUGAAGAAGCGGGAUGAAGAAAGCACAGUGAUCAAAUCCCAGCAGAAGAGGAAGAUCAACCGCCUGCAUGAUGUACUCAACAAUCUGAGAUCAAAAUAUAACAAGCAGAUAAAGCAGUUUCAGGAGGAGAACCAAUCGCUAACCUCCGACUACAAACGGCUGGUGCUGCAAUUCAAGGAGAUGCAGAAAGCCAUGAGGCAUUUUGCUCUCAUUGAUGACAAGCAGUUUCGGGAGAUUUGGCUGAUGAAUGAAGAGGAGGCCAAGGAGCUGAUAAGCAGAGCCCUGGAUGUAGACAGGAUCAUUCACACCCAUCACCUGGGGCUCCCCUGGACGGCCCCGGACUUCUGGUUCCUGAAGAAUGUGGGGCCGAUUUCUCAGCAGCAGCACAAGUCCGCCACGCAAAUCUUGGAGGAAGUGCUGAUGCGAGCAGAAGAGGAGGGGGCAGAGGAGGCCGCCUCGGAAACUGAGUCUUACCUGGAACUGCCAAAGCAAGUUUCAGCAAAAACGACCAGAAGGAUCCUGAUGCUCCUGUGCGAUGAGACGGGUUUCCUCAUAGAGAGCAAGCUGCUGAGCCUCCUCCUGCCCCUGGAGAAGAACGAGUGUUACCUGCUGCGGUUGGAUGCCCUCUUCUCGGCCCUCGGAAUUGAAAUGAGGAUGACUUGUAUAAGCUGGUGCAUUUCUUCCUCAAAUACCAAGCUCAUCAUUCGCCUCCCAUCCAGGAGCAAACAAGCCUGGUAUCAGCCCUGGAGCCUGAGGAACUGCUGGACCACGGCGGAGGGGAGGGAAGCCUCGUGGAGGGAAGCCUCGGGAAGGAGAGCCACCAGAGAAGGAGCCCCCCCGUUCUCCCGUGCUCAUCCACCCCAAUGAUGUCCUCAAGAUUCUGGAGGCCUUUGUCAUGGGUCUGAGGAAGCCCAGGGACUUUCGGGCACCAGCAAAGCUGCUGAAGGGUGUGCGCGAUGCCUCAGAGGACUCGGAGUACUGGAGGGCGCUGACCACGGUUAUCCCUGCUGCCACGCUGAGCCUCUGGGACGUUCUGUACACAGCCUUGGAGAAGUACCACCUCGUCCUGACCCAGAGGGCUGAGCUGCUGAUAGAAAACCGUUCCUUGGAGCAGCAGAACACGGAGCUCCAGCAGCUGCUGCAGCAGUACUUAGACUCCAAGGUAAACUCCGAACUGCAAGUUCCUCCAACUCAUGUGUUCCGAAUGCCCACAAAAUAGACUCAGAUCUCGAAAGGCUGCCAGGUUAGGGUGGACGUUGGUUUCAGCCUUGAUGCUGGAGGCGGUGUCCCCAGGGAGCUGCCUGGGCUUGCUCGCUCGCUUUUCUAGCUGCUGUUUUGGGGACUGUCAGGUUAAGGCAACCAGAGGAGUUACAUGUAUCCUUUGGUCAUGAUUAAAGUCUUAAAAAAAAUUGUA